AUGGUCAAAGCUUCAAUCACUCACAACAAACGAGAACUUAAGCGUUUUGCUUUCGCGAAGAAGAAGAAGAGGUUCUCGAAGCACAAAUUGCAUAAAGAUGAAUCUGUAAGAAACGAAGAAUCAAUUAUCGUUCCUCUUCCUUUUCUAGACGACGACGUCGAACCAAAUAGCAUCGCGUUGCCGUUUAAGAGCCAGAGUUUGCAGUCCCUGUACAACGAACGAUCGGCUUUCGUGUUGGUGAAAUAUUACGUAGCUAGUGUGAAAUGCAUCGUCUCGAAAUCUAGUUCGAAAACGGAAUUGAAGAGCUUCAAUCAAGAACUUUACAGUUGGCUGCAGCAAUCCGUGCAACGACACCUUGACGACGACAAAUGGUACCCUGCGUUCGGCGGUGUUCUGAGGGUGAUCUCCACCCUGGAGGAGUCUGGAGUGGGAACCGGUCCCGCGAACUGGAGAAAAAGCGGAGCCUAUCAGAUGAUGCCCAAAAUAGGCGCGCCAUCGGCCGCGGAUCCCGAGGAAGGCGUGCGACCGCUCUACAAAGACGACGAGGCGGGUAUCGCGUUGGGGACGACCGAAUUGAUAUCGAUUGCCACGGUGAGCGCGUUGCUGGUGUGGUUGCUGGUCGGUCUGAGCGUCGUCUGCUACAGAUUCCUCAGGAAACACUCGGACGAAUGUGGUUCCAGCGAGCCGCAGGAUCCUCCGGUUGCUGUUCUGUAUGAAAAUAAGGAAUACUGCGAGGCUGACACAUGCAUGUCCGGAGUGGCACGUAAAGGGUUGCUGGAUAAGUUCAAAGAGUAUUGGAAAGGCAAGUUUGGUAAAUGUCAGGAUCGUUGUGUGGACGAGGAACGUUGUUUAGCAGCAAUCAGUUAUAGUAGCAAAGAUACGGUUGAAGUUAGUAACAGUAGCAGAGGAUAUCAAAAGAAAAGGUUCGCUAAGUCCGUUUUAGCAACUCUAUCAAAUUACCCCAAGGAACGUCCACAUAUUAAAAAUGUCUGUUAUAGCUCCGAUGGCUCGUUAACCACGAACACCGAGAGUCCAGUUAAGUCCAGAUAA